AACAGAGGCAGCCUACCGUGGCCAGCGGGGAGGAGCACCUGGACGUCUGGACAUUGUCCUCAGCAGACUCGCCCUCUACUGCCACUAUAAGGUUGACGCCAUCGUAGUCGAGGCUGGAGUGGUGCAGCUGGUGAACAACUAACUGUGUGACACAAGAGGUGAGCAGAAAGACGCCAGCUGAGCCCCACCACCUGCCAGCUGGUCACUGCCAGGCUUCAGGAACACACGUCUUAGCCAUGAUAAUAUUGGAGUUGUUUGUAUAAUAUAUACAUAUGUGUGCGUGUGUGUCUUCAACUAUAAGGGAUACAAAACAAGUUUCUGAAGACGCUUAAAAGGUUCCCGUAGUGCUAAUAUUUUUGAUCAGUCACACAAAUUUGGCCAUAUAAUGUAAUCCUCCCGCCGAGGAGGUGAAGAAGAGAAGAUAAGAGCAGGUGAGGUGCCACUCCAUGACCCAGGGAGAGCCACAAGUCUCCCCCACACGGUGCCGGUGAGCGUCAUUGCUAUAGUUACUAAGGACAAUGUUUGCCAGUCCUCCGUACAGCGUCACCCUCCUCCUGCCGCUGCUGCUGCUGAUGGGGUUGAGGACAGAUGCAAAGCUGCCUGGGUUGCCAGAAGUUAGUCAGGAUCAAAGGCGCGGCAUCAUCCCACCUUUCUCUCCCUCCCAGGAGCUUGCUCGCGCCAUGAUGUCUCUUCCAGUGACCCCUCAGGUGCAGGAGAACUCCCCACUAGAGAGCCCCAGGGUUGCCUCAGCCAAGCUCAGCACACCCCAAGCAGAACAGCACUUUACUGAUGACGUCACCGGAGUCUCUGAUGACUCAGAAAAUCAAGACACAGACGACAGAGGUUUAUUGUAUGACAGGAGCCAAGACAUCGGCGACGACGACGACGUUGAUGGCGACGAAGAGGACGUGCCUCCUCUGGGUGAACUGCCCCUGGGAGAGGACGGCAGAGAUGGAGGCUGCCCCCCGCGUCUUUUGCCGGGCUACAUUGGCUGGCGCAGAACCACCAGAGUGGUCAGGGCAACACUUCCUCACCAGCUUCGACGACGCUUGUGCUCUGUAUCGUGGCUCUGUGGCUCCUGCGCUCUAUAUCUUAAAGGUGUUCAGCUCGUGUACUCCGCCCCUCAAGUGUAGCGUCACCACCACCGUGCACCGCCGAGUGUUCCUACAGGGAGGUGACAAAUUGGAGGUGCUGCUGCAGACGCCUCCAGAUUACACGCCACCCACCUCCUCCCAACCAACCCAGAGCACCACCACCAUCACCACGCCCACUGUUGUCGCCUCUGCCACCGCCACUACCACCAUCAUGUCCUCCCCCACCACAAUCGACCAAACUACCACACAACAGUAUCUAGACCAGGUCACCACGAGCUGGCCACUACAUCCAGCCACUCAUCAGCCGCAAGAGGAGCCCUCAUUGCCCUCACCACCUGACCAACAACCACAGCCACAACAGUCACAACUUCUUCAGCCCUCACAACCACAAGCCAUCAAUAACACACAUCUCUACAGUCGCGAGGACCACCCAGCACACCCGCAGCUAGCCCCCACCAGGAGGAAGAAGAGACAAGUUGUGGGCGGCGCACCUCACUUCCCACAACUUCCUACCACCACCAGGAAGCCUCCCGGGGUCGUAAGACUUCAGCUGGCUUCCAAGAGUGGGGGGGAGAACUCGGCUGAGGAAGACGGGGAGGAAGAUCCCACUUCAACUUCCGUUAUGGCCGAGGCAGGAAACCAGACGUCCUCCUCUCCCCUCACUAUCUGGAAGGCGAGUGUGGCGGAGUGGGCGUCCUGCAGCACACGUGAGGGGUCGCAGGUGGGGGAGAGUGGACCUGAGGGCGUGGUCACCGUGUCUCCCAGGUACCUCCAGGUCGGCACCAACUACUUCAUAGGUCGUUCAUCGUGGUCGUCAACAGAAUGCUUCAAGCUUCAGGUGAUGGUGCGGUCUGCUGAGUGUGGUGAAGGGUCUCUGUGCUCAGGGAAGGGCGCCUGUUACACCAAACCUGACAUGGAACACUUUCAGUGUCAGUGCUGUGAGGGUUACAUGGGUACCCACUGUGAGGAGAUGAACGCUUGUGUGGCCGACCCCUGCCUCAAUGCUGGUCUCUGUGUUGACAUACAAGAGGGCCACGACGGUGACACCUUCCAGUGCCUCUGUCCUUAUGGUUAUCGAGGGAGGUACUGUGAGGAGGAGACGAACCUGUGUGACUCCGGACCCUGCAACAACGGCGCCACCUGUACGGGCACCCAUACCAGUUAUACGUGCCACUGUACUCAGGGAUGGACGGGCCCCCAGUGCUCCCAGCGCACCAACAUUGUCCACUACUGCGACAAGGACUCCUGUCCCCACGGCGUCUGUCUCGAGACUAAGGAGGGGUUCAGAUGCUUCUGUCAGCCUGGUUUCGGUGGUGAACACUGCGAGUUCGAGUACAACGAAUGUGAGUCGAAUCCGUGUGUGAACGGCGGCAUCUGCAUCGACCAAGUGGGCAACUAUCUCUGUAAGUGCGGACGAGGCUACACUGGACUACAUUGCCAAGUUAAGUACGACUUGUGCUCACCGGAUCCAUGCCCCGCCAACCGUGUCUGUGUUGACAAAGGCAACAACUACUCCUGUGAGUGUCUAACUGGCUUAAGCGAGGACAACUGUGGCCCCCACAGACAGUUGUGCUCCCCCAACCCUUGUGACAACGGUGGCACCUGCUGGAUCGUACCCGAGGCUCGUCUCUUUUUCUGUGCCUGCCGACCGGGCUUCACCGGUACUACAUGUCAAGGUAUCCUGCAGGACCUACACGACGAAGCAGUGCCAGAGACGGUGGGGGCAGUAGGCACUGUGGAACCCGUGGCUCUUGAUGUUCACCAGCACAGCGGCAAGCCACUCAACCAUAUGAAGAACAUCUACGUGGCCUUUGCGACUCUCGCCUCGGCUCUCCUCAUAUUUAUGCUCGUGGUGGGAGUGUGCCAUUGCCGAGUCAACAGGACUUACCGCAUGUGUUUCGUGAAGUUGCCUCGUCGGGGUAAAGUCCUGCCAGCAGUUAGACGUCCCAGACCCACUUCCUUCUUCGAUAAAUCCAGACGUAGUGACAGAAAGGGGUCGUUGCGGCUGGAGGCAGACUCGGACGGAGCCGCGAUGCCUAUGACGUCGUCCAACUCCAACUCGGACGCCGUGUACUACAACAUGGAUGUCUGCGACAACCAAGAGCUGCCCCUCAUUAAGUAGUGGCGGCCCUUCUCCCUCCCGCUGAGGCAACUCAACCCACCAAAUGUUGAAACACUUAAUAUUUUUUUUCGAUUUAGAAAGUCUCCGCUAUUCAUCCCGAUAACUAUAGUGAUUCUAAAUAACUUUUAUUAUAGUGUAACGUAAAUAAACUUAAAAUUCUGAUUUGUAGACAACUUAGUGUAAUCGCAUUUAUUUGUUAAUUCUCUGUAUAUAUAUGAGUAUUUUAAGAUUCUUAAGCAUCUUAAUAGAAAUAGUAAGUUCGUGGAAAACUUAACCCCAAAACUUUUUAUUAGGAUCAAAACAUUUUAAGCAUUACUUUUCUCAUGGUGACAGAAAGGUGAGUCUUAUAAGAACAACAGACUAAUACCUAACGGUGAGUGAGUGUAGUGGUGGUAUCAGUCUCACACAAUGACUUCCUCACGCUGAAUAUGGCAGGUAAAAAAAGAUUGAGGUACUGUUGUCUGUUGCUUAAGUUCCAUCAAGUGUUGAGACUUUACAUCUACAUUUUUGCAUACUUUUUGUAAUUUAAUCUGUUAAAAUUGACUGCAAACAACACCAUAAACUUUUGAUAGACUUAAUGUUUUUGCCUAGUCAUUUAUUCCACUAUCGGUACCAAAAAUGUUCACUCAUUAAAAGUUCAGAAUCACAACUAACUCUUCAAAAAUAAAACCACUAAUUUUUGCGUGAGUUCAGGUGCCAUGUAGUUAAAGCAAUCACAAACUUCUUACAUUGAAUAGUGAGGCCCUCUCGGGUGAGUAUCCACAAAUGAAAGAUAUAUGAAGGAAUGAAUAUAAAAAGCGGAGAACUGGGCAGCAAUAAUAGAGAAGUGAAGAAAUAGUAGUCAAUAAAAUAGAUGCAGGAUUAUACUUAGUCCUAACGUCCACUAUAAUUACUAUCAUUAUUAUACUGUAUGGGUAUAUUCGCUGUCAUAAGCCUAUCUGCUGUCCUUUUUAUCUUGUGAGGAUGAAAACAAACAACCAAGUCUUAAUAGAAACAAAAAUAAUAUUGAGACGAAAUCCACUAUUGGAAUAUUUUCAUACAACUAAAACUAAUUAAUUAUUUGUAAAGCAACAAUAUAUAUAUAUAUAUAUAUAUAUAUAUAUAUAUAUAUAUAUAUAUAUAUAUAUAUAUAUAUAUAUAUAUAUAUAUAUAUAUAUAUAUAUAUAUAUAUGUGUGUGUGUGUGUGUGUAAUUAUUAACCAGCUAACAAACACAUUAUCAUAUCCCGCGCUCAGUGAGUUUCAGUACCAUGUAUUUAAUUUAUAUAAUUUGCGAAACUUGGAGUGAGAAGCUAACUAGUGAGACCUGUGACUCGUCCCUGUGUGUUUCAACCACAUUGUUAUUCUAGUAAAAAUCGUCCUCCUCACCAACCUGCCUGAAAGCUUACACAUCCCGAUAAUGAAAUAAAGGUCGAUCAAUGAGCUCAGAAAGAAGUCAUAUGAAAGCCAAAUGAAAACUUCUAAGGGUUAAUAUUCUCCUUCCAUUAAGUCGGACGCCAACUACUUUCAAGGACAGUAUUCACUGUAUUAUAGUUCAGAGUCCUCCAUAGAAUAAGUUAAAUGUACAGAGCUUAACUAUUAGUUAUUUUAUCCUUACAUUGUGUACUGAAGAUAAUAUUACUUAAACUUGCAUCGAUACAGAUAGAAUGAAUUGUGAAGCACACACUAAUGUCUGGUGUGACCGGAGCACGAGGCUAUUGGUACACACAGAUGGUUUUAGUAGCUUUAAAAUAGUGUUUAAUCCAAGUCAAUCAUUUUGUUUUAUGCACCAUUAAUUUCAUAAUUAAAGCACGUAUAACACUUAAAACACAAUCGUAAAUGUAAGAACUCCAUUUAGACUGUAAACUAGCGACGCUGAAUAUUACCAUCACAAUUCUAGACGGUAAUACGACGAGAACUAAUUAGCAUUUUUGUGCAGUGAACCUACGUGGUAGGUCAAGGUUCAGGUCUUUUAUGGAAGGUCGGCACCACGGUUCCCCCAUUUUGGAAAUAUUUGGAAGAAAUUGUUUUCAGGAAAGGGAUGUUGUUGUUGUUGUUGUUAUAAAAACUUGAAUACCCUCUAUCGUGGCGUUGUGUAGAUGCCAUUUCUGGUUACAGCAGAUUCUUCAAUAAUUUGGUAGUGCCAGCGCGAUACUGCUCUCAUAGUGAUGCAUAAUUUGAAGCUCUGCAAUACGAAAUUGCUUAAUUUAGAUGAAUCAUACUGUAGGAUGUUCGUAACACUGCAUCAAAGCUUUCCUGGAGAUUCAUUUAUUAUAAUUAACACUCAUUUCGAUACCAACAAAAGCACAAAAAGAAAUUCAUGACUCAUUGCUGUCUGAAGAUAUCAUUGCGACCUUGAUCUUGAGAUAUUAGCAAAUGGCAGGACCAGUUUGCAUCUCUAGUGAGGUGAUGGUGGCUGAGGGAGGCGGCUGGUCACGCUCCAUGUUGCUCCGCUGUAGCUGCGCUUGUCGCGUGGACUGUGGGCACUGAUAGUGGCGUCAGCAACAUAACACCCGCGCUAUAUCGAUGGAGUUCGCUUGUAGGUGAAUGAGGUGCAAUGUAGCUGUUGAAUUAAACUGCAAAAAUAUAUAUUAGUUAUAUCUUCAACAUGAUGCUUAAUUACAUUGUUGUAUUAUAAGAUAUAUUCUGGUGAACUUAGAAGAGGAUAUUUUGGUCGUAGCUAUCUCUUUGCUUUGUGAAAUUAGUAGACUGAGUUGAGAUUAGAGGCAGCUUAUAUCAAGCUCACAGAGGAUAAAGUGCUCCUUUUCACAGUGAGAAAGCAAGUUACACAGUUCAAAUAGCAGCGAACGUGCAUUGUGGCCAUAACUGAUGCGUCCUAACGCCAACAUGGUUGAACUUCUCCAUAGGCACGACAAAACAUUAUACGUAAUGCACACUCCUCUACCAUACGUUAUACACCUAUUAAUAUUUACACAUACUAAAAUUUCAUGCCAGGUUUUACUUCAUAUUAUCCUCUUUACUUAAAAUUUCCAGUUCCAUACCCACUUAAUAGCAAGUGGAAAACUUAUUGAUGCACUUAAGAUAAUGUUGUAUAAAUGUCCAGCAUUCAUUGUUAAAAUUUCAUAGCAUUUUUGUCCAUUUCUGUGGACGUGUAAAAUACAUUUGAUUGUUUCAUGAUUUCUAGAAUUUUGUAUAGCUUCCAUGCUGUUUUGGAAACAAUGUCAGUAUUUGUAAGCCUACGAUUGAAUUACAGUGUCUGAAUAAUCUGAUGUAAUACUUUUCAAAGUAAUACACAAUAAAUAUUCAUUACUAUAGGUGUUGUAAA